CCAUAUUAUUCUUCCUCUAUAUAAGAAGAAGAAGACCUUCUCCUCCUCCAACUUCAAAUCCAACUGCAUUCUUCUGCUACUUUGUUCAGUCUCUUUGUAUUCUUACACAAAAAACACAAGCUUUUUUUCAUACCCUUUUCUCUAUAUACCUUGAUUUCUUACUCUUUCAUAUUUUUUUCCCUAUUGACAAAAAGUUGGCUAUGGGAAUGAAGAUGAGCAAUGCUGGUGAAAAUAAGAGCUCAAAGAAGAAAAUAUCAAGUAGAAAACUUGGAAGAUUUCUAAAGGAGCAGAGAGGAAGGCUUUACAUAGUGAGAAGAUGUGUAGUCAUGCUUCUUUGUUGGCAUGACUGAUAAAAAUAGUCGAACCAGCAUAAUGAAAAAACUAGCAUUAUUAUUCAAAAAGAUCCAUUGGUUCGAGACUAAAUCCUAAGCUUCGGAGUGACAAGAAGAGAAAGUCCAACUUAGACCUCAAGCUCGAGAAAGGUCAUUAAUUGUUUGUGGCUGUUAAAUUACCUUUUUGUUUCUAAUUGUAAAUAGAAAAGAGUAAUAUUUAGCUAGCUUAGAAGUUAAAAUAGUUUGGUUAGUUUUUCACCAGUUCUUCUAGUUCAUUUGCGAUACACGAUAAUGAAAAGGAGAUUAUCUGGUUCGUAAUAGAAAUUUAUCAGCUUAAUGAUUUAA